AUGCAGUACAAACUCUCGAGCUCGUCGCUCUUCAGCGAGUCGGCAGUAGGCAAACUCGUCGCUGCCGCUCAGAGCCACAGACCUACUACCUUCACCGGCUAUGUCGCGCUGGCCAUCGCCACGCCGGCGGUGCUGAUCGGUCUUCUCAUCACAGUGACACUCACAAAGAUGCUGUACAGGACAACCAUUUACCACUUCUACAUCUCACCGCUGCGACAUCUGCCCGGACCCAAGCCGAAGCCCUUCAUCGGUAACAUGGACGAAUUCAUCGGCAAGCCGGGAGCGGGUGCCGAGAUGAACUGGUCUCGCCAGUUCGGCAAGGACGGCGUGUAUCGCUCAACGUUCCUGUUCGGUCGCGAAGCGCUACAUUUUCAGCGACCCAAAGCUUUGAGGCAGAUCCUCGUCGAAGAUCCUUAUAGCUAUCCGAAGCCUGCGAUAGCGUGGAAGCUUCUCGGGCUUGUCGCCGGUUACGGCCUGCUGGUUGUGGAAGGCGAUACGCACCGAAAGAUGCGCAAGACCAUGAACCCUGCUUUCUCGCUCACCAACCUUAUCGAACAGUUCCCCGCCUACUACGACAAGAUCUACCCCUUGGUUGACAUCCUCAAUAAAAAAGUCGACGAGUCGCCCGAAGACUCCGCGAUCAUCGACUGCGACAUGUGGGUCAGCAAGGCACUGCUCGACAUCAUCUGCCUGACCGCCUUUGGCUACGAAGCCGACUCGAUCAACAACCCGGAAAACGAGCUUGCCUCGGGCUACGAGACAGUGCUCAGCCUGCAAAACGGCCAAAAUCAGGCUCGACUCAACGUCCUUCUGAUGAUUCCGUUUGCCGAUACGGUGCUCGACUGGGCCUCGGACAAGAGCGACUGGUCGUGGGUGCUCAAGCGCUGCAAGCCCGAAUCGUCAUUGCACAUGCUCUUCCAGAUGCUCAACGGCAUGCACCGCAUCAAAAGCGUGGCCAAGAAGAUCCUGUACCGACAGAUCGAGUCUGGCGAGCGUGCAGGCCCCGCGGGCCAGUUCAAAGCCAUCAUCGACAUUAUUGAAGAGACGAAUCUCGCGGAGAACGACGGCAAGCCCAAGAGCCUCAAGCAGGCCGAACGCGAUAUGAUCACGCAGGUGCUGACGUUCUUGGGUGCGGGACACGAGACCACGGCUUCGGGCGUCGCCUGGACGCUGUGGAACCUUGCCACACAUCAAGACGUCCAGGACAAGCUGCGCAAAGAAUGCAAGGAGCUCAUCGACCAGGACGAGCGUCCACCGUACUCUGCCAUCAAGGGUCUGGCGUACCUGGACGCAGUGAUCAACGAGACGAUGCGCACCACACCCCCCGUUCCCCGCACCGUCCGCAUCGCAAGCAAGGCGUCUUACAUCGACGGAGUGUAUGUGCCCAAGAAUACGAUGCUGCCCAUCUCGAACCGCGCCAUCAACACGGACCCGCACGUGUGGGGCCCCGACGCCGAACAGUUCAAGCCGGAACGCUGGUUCAAUCUGCCCGAAAAGUACGACCGCACCUUCAGCAUGAUCACGUUCAUCGCCGGUGCGCACGCCUGCAUCGGCCGCACGAUGAGCUACCUCGAGAUGAAGGCAGUCAUCUGCGUGCUCGUCUCCAACUUCAAGUUUGAGCCCAUCUCGAAGGAUCAAUCGCCCAUCAUGGACACGUUGAUCACCAUGAAACCGAAGGGCGGUCUUCCGCUCAAGGUCUCGCGAGUUUGA